AUGAUUACGGGGCUUUGUAUAUCUUCGAACCCCGAACGUCGUGAUUGGGCUGCCGCCUCUUGCGCCCUGCUACUGAGUCCCAGUGGCCCGUUCCAGUCUUGCGUGCAAGCCUUAGGUCCAGAGGCAGACCGCUACCACGACGACUGUAUUUACGACGCCUGCGGCUGCGAUCAGGGCGGUGACUGUCAGUGCCUCUGCACCGCGAUCGCCGCAAUGGCGCAGGCAUGCGCCAACAUCGGCCACGUGGUGCGCUGGCGCAGUCAAAGUCUUUGUCGUGAGUGCUCUGGUUCACCGGGUCUACCAGUCAGGUCUUAA